CUUAAUCUCGAGUCUUCUUUCCUCCCUCGACAGUUCCAAGCGGCGACUCCAGGGCGAUUCCUCGUCUCCUCCGCCGAUUCGACCGCUCCUCGCCUCUGGCGCCCUUGCCGGCGUCGGAGGAGGAGGGGAUUCGGACGAAUCGGCGGAGGAUCGGCCUACCCGGUGGCGGUGGUGAGUUUCGCGCCGGUUCUUUUGCUUUCCCGUGUUGGCGGCGGCGAUGGCGCUGGUGGAGGUGCUGGUAACGACGAUGGCAUCCUCGACGGUGACAUCGGCGGCGUCUCAUGGAGGUUAGUGCCAAUAAUUGCUCCCAUGGUGGUUGUAUUCCAUGGGAAGCUCAGUAGGUCCCGGCGGCGACUUUUAUAUCGCCGAUUAGGGUUAGCUGUUCCUCUUCGCUUCUCCGGCGAUGGUGGCGGUGACGGCGUCGUCUCUGGAGAGGAUCGAAGGAGGAUAGGUCUAUUCCAGGCGGAUUUCGGCGUUUGCGUCUUCGGAGGCGCGAGCUCUGGUCCGUCUGCGAGGUCUGCUUCUCCCGGUGGCGUAGGGUUAGGGCGGCUGCUGGGGAGACUUGCCUACCAACUCGCUGAGAAGCCGGGUUGGGAUCUCAGUCACACCUUCCAUGGUGGUUUUGUUCCCCCUCGGGGUUCGUCGUCGUCCGGUGGUCUAGGGGCUCUGAUUCCUGUGGCGUCAGAUCCCUCGGUAUCCGACGAUGCUUUUUUGCCAGGUCGUUCAUCGUUUGCAAAGCAAGUCGGGUUCGACGUGCUGCACAAGACGGCGACAAAAAUCUAUGUUGCUUCGCCGGAGAGGAGGUCGGCUUCAGCCAGUGUGUUCCGGCUGCCGGUGGCGAGGAAGACCGGGAGCUUACAAGGACUGCGCUACGACAUCGACAUCCUUCUAUUUCUUAAGGCAAAUGUAGAUGAAGCUGAUGUUGUGAAUAGAAUGAUUACUACAUACUGCGAUGCUUCUGGUCAGCAAGUGUUGGUAAGUCGAAGAAUGGGGUGUUCAAAUAUGAAAUAUCUCAAGGAUAGAGUAUGGAAAAGAAUUCAAGGGUGGACGGAGCAAUCUCUCUCGGCAGGGGGAAAAGAAGUGCUAAUCAAAGCAGUUGCCCAAGCAAUACCUACUUACUCUAUGGGGUGUUCAAACUGCCUAGAGGUCUUUGUCAGCAUAUAAAUUUGCUAAUACGUAAAUUUUGGUGGGGAAAUACUACCAAUGGAAGGCGCAAAACUAACUGGGUGGCUUGGAAAAAAUUGAUUCAACCAAAGUUCAUGGGAGGUCUUGGCUUUAGAGACAUUGAGUUAUUCAAUUUGGCUUUGCUCGCACGCCAAGCAUGGCGAAUUUUACAGAACCCCCUGACGAUGACUGCACGAUUAUUAAAAGCUGUUUACUACCCAGCUUGUGAUUUUUUGCAAGCUCCUUUGGGUAGUAGACCAUCUCAGGUGUGGAGAGCACUAAUUGAAGGGAGGGAUGUUCUUAAGUAGGGGCUUAUUAGAAGAAUUGGGUCAGGUAAAGAAACUAAGGUGUGGGAGGAUAAUUGGAUCCCAUGUUCAGGCCUCUUGCGUCCAGUGGCAGAAAAAUCAUGUAAUCCUCCGAUAUGGGUGCAUGAACUUAUUGAUUCAACAUCAAACCAAUGGAGAAUGGAUAUGCUUCAUCAAUUCUUUUAUGAGAUGGAUAUUGAAGCUAUUAAAAAUAUCCCUCUUAGUUCAAUGAAUCAAUCAGAUUUUUGGGCUUGGCAUUAUGAAAAAAAUGGAUCAUUCUCAGUCAGAUCUGCUUAUCGAAUGCUGGCCCAAACUAAGAUGAACCGUGAGAAUUGGCUGGACGAUAAAGCUGAGUGUUCGAGCAUAAAGAAGGUGGCUGACCAAUGGAAGAGGUUGUGGAAGGUGAGAGUUCCUUCCAAAAUUCGUGUUUUUGCCUGGAGACUUUCUCUGGACUCGAUCCGAGUUAAUGCUGUUCUAAAGAGAAGAAACAUGGCAAAAUCAGCAGCAUGUAAAAUUUGUGGUGCUGAACAAGACACUUGGAGGCAUGCUUUACUAUACUGUAAUUUGGCCAGGUGUGUUUCGGCUCUUGUAGAUGAGGAGUUGACUGAACAUAUAUUAUCAAAUAUGGAGGAGAAUCCUAGAUUAUGGUUGUUUUCAUUGUUAGAUUCUGUAUGUCACAACUCAUUUACAAAGCUGCUGAUCACAUGCUGGGCUAUUUGGGGUGCAAGGAGAAAGGCGAUUCAUGAGGGAAUUUUCAGAGUCCGUUCUCGACAUAUACAGUGAUUAACAAGUUACUUGAAUCCAUGAAUUUGAGCGCAACAUGUCGUGCUGAUAUGAAGUUGAAAUGCAGUGGUAAUGCAAGCGUAUCAAGAUGGGUGGCGCCUCCAUCGAAUUUCUUGAAAAUUAAUGUUGAUGCAGCUGUAGCAAGAUCUGGGGGUUCAGGUGCUGUUGGAGCGAUUUGCCGAGAUAGUAAUGGUUUGUUUAUUGCUGCAAGCGCAAGAGUGUUUGAUGGAAUUUCUGAACCAGCUACCCUGGAAGCACUUGCUUGUAAUGAGGCAUUAUCUCUAGCUCUAGACAACAACUUGUCUCCCUAUUUGAUCGCACCAGCUACCCUGGAAGCACUUGCUUGUAAUGAGGCAUUAUCUCUAGCUCUAGACAACAACUUGUCUCGCUAUUUGAUCGCAA